UAAAUUAUGCCCACUUUUUCUCACACACAACGCGUUAGAAUAUUAUACAAAACAAUUUUGAGGUUACAUCGUGGUUUACCGGUUGAAAUUCAACCUUUAGGAAAUAGUUAUGUUCGUGAUGAAUUUAGAAGACAUAAAAACUGUGACGAGGUUGCAGCAUUAACAUUUCUAAAUGAGUGGACAGAUUAUGCAGUAAUGCUUGCCAAACAGCUUGGCAUAAAAGGACCACAUACAGCUAAACCUUUAGGUCAAGACUUAAAACAAGAAGAUCUUGAUAAGUUCAGAGAUGAACAAGUGUAUCAGUUAUAUGAACUGAUGAAUGCAGCAACUGGUAAAGAGGAUAAAAAUAAAAAAGAAACAUGACAUAGACUUUUCAAUAAAUUAAAAUAUUUUACAUGGCAUAGCUUCUCACAUUGUGUCACUCACAUAAUUUAUUAAUAUAACUGUAAUUAUGUAUAUAAACUAUGUAUAGUAUCUUACUUUUAGACAAACAUUGCACUAUUACUUUCAGUGUAAAUUCAUGUACAGAAUUGAAAAAGUUGUCCUAGUUCAAUAAAGCUUGUUAAAUACCUACCACAAA